UGCCGUUUGCGUCUGCAGCAGAGUGCAGAGUUUGGCCUCCGCCGCAACGUCCCGUGCCGCCACCCGUCAGCUCAGAUCAAUCAAAUCCUGCGGCUCCCACUCCCAGACUCCUAACACAAACGCUACACUGAUCCCGUGAUCUGCCCUUAUCGCGUCGGCGCUCCUCGGCCAAUGGCCGCUUCCUCCCUCUAGGUCUCCUUCGUCGUGCACCUCACGUGUCCUUGCACGCGUCACGCCGUCAAACCUCGACCUUGCCGACCUCGCAGCCUCGACAAGGAGUCAGCCAUUGCGGCUAGCGCGAGAGCAGCAGAGAGGGUGACAGGGUGACAGGAGCGGACGGCCGCGCGCGCGGCGAUGUCGGGGCUCCACUUCCUGCUCGUGCCGCUGGUGGCGCAGGGCCACAUCAUCCCGGCGGUGGACCUGGCGCGCCUCCUCGCCGUCCGCGGCGCGCGCGUCACGGUGGUCACGACCCCCGUCAACGCCGCGCGCAACCGGGCCGCGGUCGAGGGCGCCAGGCGCGCGGGGCUCGACGUCGAGCUCGCCGAGAUCGCGUUCCCGGGCCCGGGGCUCGGGCUGCCGGAGGGGUUGGAGAACAUGGACAUGCUGGUGGAGAGAGAGCACUACAUGGCCUUCUUCCGGGCCGUCUGGAGGAUGGACGCGCCGCUGGAGGAGUACCUGCGGUCGCUGCCCCGCCGCCCGGACUGCCUCGUCGCCGACUCGUGCAACCCGUGGACGGCCGGGGUGUGCGCCCGCCACGGCAUCCCGCGCCUGGUUCUGCACUGCCCGUCCGCCUACUUCCUCCUCGCCACGCACAACCUGUCCAAGCACGGCGUGUACGACCGCGUCGCCGGGGAGCUGGAGGCGUUCGAGGUGCCGGGCUUCCCGGUGCGCGCCGUCGGGAGCAAGGCCACGUUCCGGGGCUUCUUCCAGUGGCCCGGCGUGGAGGGCUUCCAGCGGGACGUGGACGAGGCCGAGGCCACCGCCGACGGCCUUAUCCUCAACACGUUCCGCGACAUCGAGGGCACCUUCGUCGACGCCUACGCGGCGGUGCUCGGCCGGAGGACGUGGGCCGUGGGGCCCACGUGCGCCUCCGGCUUGUUGGACGCGGACGCCAAGGCCGGCCGGGGAAACCGCGCGGACGCGGACGCCGGCGGCAUCGUCCCGUGGCUCGACGCCCGGCCGCCGUCGUCCGUACUGUACGUCAGCUUCGGCAGUCUCGCGCGCCUGCCGGCGAAGCAGCUCAUCGAGCUCGGCCGCGGCCUCGAGGCGUCGGGGCGGCCGUUCGUCUGGGCCAUCAAGGAGGCCAAGUCCGACGCCGGCGUGCAGGCGUGGCUCGCCGAGGGGUUCGAGGAGCGCGUCGAGGACAGGGGCCUCCUCGUCCGGGGCUGGGCGCCGCAGUUGACCAUCCUCUCGCACCCGGCGGUGGGCGGGUUCCUGACGCACUGCGGGUGGAACGCGACGCUGGAGGCCAUCGCCCACGGCGUGCCAGCGCUGACGUGGCCCAACUUCGCCGACCAGUUCUCCAGCGAGCAGCUGCUCGUGGACGUCCUCCGCGUCGGCGUCAGGUCCGGCGUCAAGGUGCCCGCUUACCUACCGGAGGAGGCCGUGGGGGUGCAGGUAACGAGAGCCGGCGUGGAGAAAGCUGUGGCCGAGCUGAUGGACGAAGGCCCCGAGGGGGCCGCGAGGAGGGCCAGGGCCAAGGAGAUCGCCGCGAAGGCGAAGGCUGCCGUGCAAGAAGGCGGGUCGUCGUAUGACGACCUCAUCGACAUGAUCCACCACGUCGCGGAGCUCAGCAGGACGAAGAGCUACGAGAGGGACCCGAGCGCGAGGCCUCUGGCUUCUGCGCCGGAGCUUGGGAGCAAGAGCAAGAACAGCGAGGAGAUGGAAGCCUUCUUUUCAGUGCCGUCCUAAGUUAGCAUUGGAUAUGAGAUGGUUAGCUUGUAGAGUUGUCGUGUGUGAUGAUUGCAACAGAUGCAGUUUGUAUCAGGUGACUGAAGUGUAGUUUAAUCCAUGUAUGCAUGAUAAAGUAGAUAACUCGCACUGCAUUAUUGGACCUC